CCCAAUGUUGCAAACAAGUAUAGUUGUAAGACACUAAAGGUGAGUUAACUUCUAGUAUAAAAAUAGGAAAAUGGGCAAGAAAAAUUUGGAAGCUUUUGGACAUAAUAGGGAGGAAAUGAAGAAACUCAAAACUAUCUUCUCUAUUCCCUUUUUAGUCCUUGUGGUUUAUAUAUAGAAGUACAUGCCUACAUGGUCUCAUGCUUGAAACUUGUCCAUGGCUCAACAAAAACUUCAAUGUAUUUUAGUUCUUUAUUAUCUCAUUGUUUUGUUCAAUGUGUCUGUUCCUAAGGUGUUGUGCCUUGGAUAUGGUGAGGAGGGUGAGUACAUCUCAGCCGUUGGGGAUCCGGGGAUGACAAGGGAUGGGCUGAGAUUGGCCAUAGAAGGGUGGAACCAGUGUAAUGAGGUUGGAGAAGAGGUUCCUAACAUGGGAAGCCCCAGAGCUGCAGAUUGUUUUGAUGUCUAUAAGGCUUCUCCUUCUCUGUCUGAAGGGAAGAACAAUUGCUCUUUCUGCAAGUUAGUCCCAUACAUGUUGGUCCACAGGGUGACAGAGGAGGAAAACAAGCUAGGAAUUGGGCAAUCUUUUCUUGGAGUGGAACCAAAAGCAGUGUCCAAUGCAGACCUUUAUGCUGCACAGAAAGAGCUCUACUUAGGCUCAAAAUGUCAGGUUGACGACACCCCGAAACCAUGGCAAUUCUGGAUGAUCAUGCUGAAGAAUGGCAACAUGGAUACUUAUGCAGGAAAGUGCCCAAAAAAUGGCCAAAAAGUAGGGCCAUUUGGGUCUGGUAAUAAGUUCCCUUGCUUUGGCAAAGGGUGCAUGAACCAGCCUUUGAUUUAUCACAAUUACACAACUUUACAAGGGCCUAAUAGGACUACACUCAAAGGAAGCUUUUAUGGGUCAUGGGAUUUGAACAAUAUAGGGAGUGAGAAUGGGUCUUUCUAUUCUGUGAAGUGGGAGAAGGAACUUGGAAAAGGAAGCUGGGUUUUCCACCAUGUUUUGAGGACCUCAAGAAAAUACCCAUGGCUCAUGCUUUAUCUAAGAUCAGAUGCCACAAGAGGAUUUUCUGGUGGGUACCAUUAUCCAUCUAGAGGCAUGUUAAAAAUUAUACCGAGAUCGCCAAACUUCAGAGUGAGAUUCACCCUGAAUGUGAUCAAGGGAGGAGGUCCAAACAGCCAAUUCUACUUGCUAGACAUGGGGAGCUGCUGGAAGAACAACGGGAAGCGAUGUGAUGGGAAUGUAACAUCAGACGUAACGCGUUACAGCGAAAUGAUACUGAACCCAGAAACACCAUCCUGGUGCAAUCCUGGUGACCCAAAGCUAUGCCCUCCAUAUCACACAUUCCCUAAUGGAACCAGAGUUCACAGGAAUGACACUCUUAACUUCCCCUAUCAGGCCUAUCACUUGUACUGUGCCCCAGGGAAUGGAGAGCAUAUGGAGACCCCUUAUGUUCCUUGUGACCCCUACAGUAAUCCUCAACCACAGGAGAUUAUGCAGCUUUUGCCCCAUCCAGUUUGGGGUGCUUAUGGUUACCCUACCAAGAAAGGGCAGGGAUGGAUUGGUGACCCAAGAACAUGGGACCUUGAUGUUGGGAAGCUGUCACAAUCCCUAUACUUCUACCAGGAUCCAGGGACAGCACCAGCUAGGAGGAAAUGGACAUCACUUGACUUGGGAACUGAAAUUUAUAAAGAUGCUGACCAAGAGGCAGAAUGGACUGUCAGUGACUUUAAUGUUCUUAUCCUUAAGAACAUCUAGAGCCAAAUAGGCAAUAAAACAAAAUUGCCUUGGCAAAAAGAAAAAAAAAACAUUCUUUUCUCAUUUUUGAAAGAUACUGAUAUAUGGUUUGAAGAAAAACCUCAUCAGUUUUUCCUCAGAGGUGUACUUGGAAAUGAAAAAUACAAUGUUUUAAAGAAAAUUUCUCGUUUUUUAAUUAUGUUAUUCCAAUCCUUAGUUCAAAGGUUAAGCAAUGAUUCUUUACUCU